AAUUACUUGGUGGGUAUCCCAUCUCGUGAUGAAUUGGCUAUGAGAAAUGAUGAGGGUUCGACUUCAAUUCUCAAAGAUGAGAUAGCAAAUCAUCGAGAUAUUCCAUUCAUGCCAGUUGAUAUAGAAGAAGUUAAAGAAUAUAUUAAUAAAAUCCCCCAUUAUAUUCUUCGCCUCUAUGGAUACCUCGUUAAUGGCCAGAAAGCAGUUGUCACUAUUACUGGUAUCAAGGUAUUUUUCGAUAUCCGUGUUCCUGAAAAUGCAAGUAUCCCCAAAUUCUGGUCCAAAAUAAAAGGUAUACUCGCUACUGGGAAAGACAACGAGGGAGGCACUGUAGACAUGAAUCUAAUCCGAAUGGAAUGUAUAAAGGCAUAUCCUAUUCGUGGUUAUCAUGCGGAAAAAAAGCCAUAUCUCCGUAUUGUUAUACCCAAUAAAGAUCUAAGAUUCACUGCUCUCGAUAUCAUCUCAAGCUAUAAUUCAAAGGUUGAUCCCGAAUGUAAAAUAGAGACAGCUUCAGACGAUACAGGCACAUAUUAUCGUAAAGUUGCAAGAGAGUAUCGGAUACCACUUUCUGGGUGGGGAUUAAUAAGUGAUUAUAGAUAUAAUUUCAGUGUACCUUAUUAUGCGAAAUCUCAUCACUGUUCACAUGCAUUUUAUGUUCACAUUGAUAAGUUUUGCCUCAUAGACAAUUUCGAACCACUUUACAAAAUCUAUCUAUCUUCUCUCUUUACCCACGAUCGAGCAUUGGUGCUAACAUGGGAUAUAGAAGCAUAUGAUUCACGUGGAUCAGGGAACUUCCCAGAAGCAAAAAAUGACACGUCCCAAGUUUUUACGAUCUGCAUGACCCUACACUGGAAAGACGAUCCGAUUCCUCUAGAGAGAAUAUGUUUAGUCGAUGUAGAAACAAAACCAGACCCACGCGGGAUCACAAUCAUAUGCGGGAAUCAGACCAAUCUCUUAAAGGCAUUCGCUCUAUGUUGGAAAUCUUUUGCCCCAGACAUCCAGCUCAGUUUUAACGAUUCAGGAUAUGAUUGGCCUUUCAUUGUAGAAAAGGCCACCAAAUUAAAUGUUCUCAAGUGGAUGGUUCAGCAAAUGUCGGCAAACUCACAUAAGAAAGCUGAUGAUAAAUCCAUCCUCACUUGGAAUUAUUUUGGUAGGAGAGGGGAACCUCUAACUAAUGGUUUCUUCCAAAGAAACCAAUGGGUAAAGAAAGCGGACAAGGGUCCUAAAAAAAUAUUAGGCCGAAAUUCCAUUAAUAUCAAAAUCAAUCCCACUUUGAACUUCGAAUCAUCCUUUCUUAAACUUCCCGGGUGCGUGCCGAUCGAUGUUCGCACAAGUUUUAUGCAACUCCACCCCCGCUCUGAGAAAACAUCACUCAAAUUCUUCUUAGAAAAGUGUGGUCUCGAUGGUAAAGCUGAUAUGCCUAUGAGCAAAUUAUGGAA